AUGUGAGGGUCGAAGGGCAGAGGAUGUUGCUGAUGUGAUGUUAAGCCCUUUGAGACAAAAUGCUUGUAAAAAUGGGCUAUACAAAUAAAGUUGACUUGACUUGACUUGACUUGACAACCUCCAUGCUGUUUUAUGGAUUCCCACAGCACAAGAGCUAAAACCAGAUAUUGACACACUAAUCAAAGGAAAACGGUGUCAGACAUCUGGCCAGAAAACAUAUAGAACAUGAUCAGUGGAUGAGGAUGGAGGAGAGGCCAGGGGAUCCACUUGGUGUGUUCAAGGACAGGCAGUAUCCUCAUCACUUUUAACUCAUUGAACUGAGACAACCCUUAUUUUGUUAUUUUCAGUUUAUUACAUAUAGGCUACUGCUUUAUGUAGCAAUGUAUUUGCUGUUUACAGGUUUAUGUGUUCAUGCAGACAAAUGUUUACUCCUGCAAGACUGUGCAACCAUUUAUUUUUGUAAAAUGUUACAUGUUAUAUAUGUUCUUAGCAGCUCACUAUUGUUGGUUGUAUGUUAUUAUGACCCUCUCAACUGUGUCAAAAAGUUUUAAUCAUCAAUGCGAUAAAAAGAAACCAACACAAUUACAAAAAAGAACAACAACUAUAGAAGCCGGAGUGGGCCCAGGCAGCGCUCAAAAAAAUGGACAAAGGUGGAGGGGCGCUUCAGUCACGCCAGCCGUCGGACACAGAAACAAGAGAGGAGACAAAACCCACAUAGAGCAAAAACAGCAGCGUGGACCCAGAGAGGGGUGGCUGACUAUAGGCGACAGUUUACCAUGGUCACCGUGUCACCAAAACGACCGCCCCAUGCACACACGAGCAACGGAAGACUCGCAGAAUGCGUUACCUGAGUGAAGAGGAUUGUGCACCCACAACAGCCACGCCAAACAAUCACAGUGGUCACGCCAGGCAGGUGGCCACUGGAAGGAAGCGGAGGAAGAGGAAGAGGCAAGUGUAUCUGCACCUCUCUAUAUAUACAGGGGCGCAUUGUAUUGCCCCUCAAUCAGGGCGCUCAGUGUGUUGACACAGUGCCAUAUAGUAGCAGGGAGAGAUGACCUGUCAUUGGUCGUCAGCUAACUGGCCAGUUAAGAACGACUCAGCCCUCCACUCUACUCAGAUGGCCCUUUUGUACAGUUCAGAUGAUGUAUGACACUUUGGAUAUGGAAAACUUUUUGCAACUCUCGUGAGUGGCCUACAAACUCAUGGAAACUCAUGGUAAAAAUAAAGAAAUAUGAAUGAAAUAAUAAAAAUAGAAAUAAAAUUAAUAAUAAUGAUAAUUUACAUUGACAUCUCACAUACAAGUGACUCUACAUUCUAACAUGCGUAUUGGAACACCAGCCAGUUCUUUUCAUCAAAGGACAUUCCGGGUUCUGUUUGUCAGAACACGUGCCUUUGAGCCCUGGCAGAAGUCAGACACGCUUGUUGGAGCAACAUCCACUUGUUACUUGACGUCAUCAGAUUUGAAAUUUCUGAAAUAUCAUCAUGGCUAGCAAGUCUAAACCCUUAAACGGCACUAAGAACGAAUCGCUCAUGGAAAACUUGAAGAGAAAAGUCAGAGAAGGUGGAGAUGAACCUUCAAAGACAAAGAGGAGAAGACUUAACUACAACCAGACUGAGAAGGAAUUAGCAUCCUCAUCUGCGGACACUGGCAAUGAGAGCAGCAGCACACAGUCCAAUAGGUGCAGUACAAAAGUGGAGGAUGUGAGCAAGAGGACUGGAAAGAGGAAGGCUGCCGCUGAUGAAGAAGAACCCUGCACGAAGAGAUGGAAGGGGCGGCCAGCCGUGAAGGAUUUGAUCAAUGCCCGAAGAGCUGAAUUUGAGGCCAAAUACCAGCAGGAGAAUCAUCUCGGCGAAGGAGGCUGUGGAUGUGUGUUUGCCGGCUACCGCAAAGAAGAUCAUUUACCUGUUGCCAUCAAACACAUAACAAAAGACAAAGUGUUGUGCAAAGAGGGACGAAAUGGGAAAGAACUCUCAGCUGAGGUGGCUGUGAUGUUAAAACUCCAAGCUGGAAGAACUGGAUUAAUGGGGGAAUCAGCACCCGUGUCCCUCCUGGACUGGUACGAUCUGGACCAGGAGCUGAUCCUGGUGCUGGAGAGACCAAUGCCCUGUAUGGACCUUUUAAAUUACAUCAGGACAAACAGAGACCGCUUACAGGAGGACAAGGCAAAGAUCAUACUUAAACAGUUGGUUGAUGCAGCAAAAGAACUGGAGGAUAAGCGCAUCUUUCAUCGGGAUGUCAAGCCGGAAAACAUCCUGAUUGAGACCAGCUCAGAUGUGCCACGUGUUCGUGUCAUUGACUUUGGACUGAGCUGUUUCUUCAAGAAAAAAUCAGUUUACCGUGUCUUCUAUGGUACCCCCCAACACGUCCCUCCGGAGUGGUACAGUCAUUAUGCCUACAGGCCCGGCCCCACCACAGUGUGGCAGAUGGGAGUGGUCUUAUAUGAGCUGCUCCACAGAACAGUCCGAUUCGAUACCGCAAGUUUCCUCAGACAUGAGCUGCCGAUCAGCGAUGAGCUGUCCAGAGAUUGCCAGGAUUUCUUACAGAAGUGUUUGAACACCUCCCAUGUACUGCGACCUUCCCUGAAGGAGCUCCAGCUUCACCCAUGGCUCAGAUAAACCGACACUACACUCACACACAUGCUGAGUUCACACCAAUACAGUACACGCAAUACAAGAACUAUUUCUGUUCUCGUUUUUUACAGAAGCGGGAAAGCUUGGACCAGUUCACCUGGACCAUCCGCCACGCUUCUACGGGUUUUCUUUCCUCAUCUUCUUAGAGAGCUUGGGUCGGGUCAGGAGCUGCUUAUGAUUUGUGCUUAUGACGAAAGCCAUAUCACAUCAUAAGGAAAAAAAUGGAUACUAAUCUAUGAACUGGCUAUUUUGUGAUAAUAAACUCGAAUAAUAAUAAAAAAGAAACAACUUAUGACUGUUACAGUUUCUGAGACUGAUUGCAGGAGAAUAAUCUUCUCAGAUAAAACAGGGUUGUCUAAAUGAAUGGACAAGACCUAAAAUGAUGAAGUGUGCUCUCUGCUUAUGACUUUACAUCGCUCUAUGCUUCACUCAU